AUGUCAUUCUGGUGGAUAAAUCCCUUGAUGAAGAAGGGUUACAGAAAGCCUCUUGAAGAGAAAGACAUACCUGCGUUGGAUGUUGCAGAUCAAGCAGACACUCAGUACUCAAUGUUUGUGGACAAGAUCAAUGCUAAGCAAUCAUCUCUUUUCUGGGUAAUAGUGUCAUGCUACAAAAGGGACAUUCUGUUUUCUGGGUUCUUCGCUUUGCUCAAGGUACUCACUCUAUCUUCUGGUCCGUUGCUCGUAAAGGAAUUUAUCAAUGUAUCGUCAGGAAAAGAAGCUUUCAAGAAUGAAGGUGUUGUGAUAGCUCUUGGACUUCUUCUGUCUAAAUGCUUGGAGUCAUUAGCCCAGAGACAGUGGUAUUUUCAAACACGGAGGGUGGGAAUCCAAGUGAGGUCACUCUUGUCUGCUGCUAUUUACCGAAAGCAACAGAAAUUAUCAUGCUUUGCCAGUAUAAAACAUUCUUCUGGAGAGAUAAUGAACUAUCUCAUAGUAGAUGCAUACAGGGUCGGGGAGUUUCCUUUCUGGUUCCAUCGGACAUGGACUACUGGCCUCCAACUCGGCAUUGCCUUGGCAGUACUGUACGACGCAGUUGGUCCUGCAACAAUAGCGUCUGUGCUUGUUAUAAUGCUUAGUGUUCUACUGAAUGCCCCUCUGGCCAGGCAACAACAAGAUUUCCAGAAGAAACUCAUGGAAGCUCAAGACAUGAGGUUGAAAUCUAUGUCCGAGUCUCUUGUGAACAUGAAGGUCCUGAAGCUUUAUGCAUGGGAGGCCCACUUCAAGAGUGUUAUAGAACAUCUUAGGGAGUUGGAGCUAAAAUGGUUGUCAGCAUUCCAGCUAGGAAAAGCAUAUACUAGUGUUGUCUUCUGGGCAUCACCUGCACUUGUUUCAGCGGCAACAUUUAUCGCAUGCUAUUUUCUGGGAGUCCCACUUAAUCCUAGCAAUGUAUUCACCUUUGUAGCUGCACUGCGCCUUGUUCAGGACCCUAUCAAUCAUAUUCCAAACGUUAUUGGCUCUGUAAUUCAAGCAAGGGUUGCAUUUUCUCGGAUAAGCAGUUUUCUUGGUGAAUCUGAGCUGCCAAAGGAUCAAAUUUCGAUGGAGCAUUGUGUGUGUAGUCAGUAUCCUAUAGUAAUCAAAUCUGGCUGUUUCUCAUGGGACAGCUCAGGAAAUUCAAAUCUGAGGAAUAUUAGUUUGGAGGUGAAAGCAGGAACAAAGGUAGCAAUCUGUGGCGAGGUUGGCUCAGGAAAAUCCACUCUUUUGGCAGCUAUUCUGGGAGAGGUCCCAAGGACAGAAGGAAUGAGUCAUGUUUGUGGGAAAAUUGCAUAUGUUUCUCAGGAUGCAUGGAUUCAAACAGGAACUUUGCAGGAGAACAUACUUUUUGGGUCUAACAUGGACAAGCGAAGAUAUGAAAACACUCUCCGGCGGUGUUCUUUGGUGUAUGACCUUGAAAGCUUGCCUUUUGGUGACCGUACUCAAAUUGGGGAAAGAGGAGUUAAUCUUAGUGGAGGACAGAAGCAACGUGUCCAAUUAGCUCGCGCAUUGUAUCAUGAUGCAGAUAUAUAUCUUUUGGAUGAUCCUUUCAGCUGCGUUGAUGCACAUACUGCUGCAAGUCUUUUAAAUGAAUAUGUGAUGGGAGCUUUAUCUGAAAAGACAGUUCUGUUAGUAACCCACCAAGUGGAGUUCCUACACGCAUUUGAUUCUGUUGUCUUAAUGUCCCAUGGACAGAUCAUGCAUGCUAGUUCAUACCAAGAACUGCUAGUGUCUUCCAAACAAUUUCAGGACCUUGUGAAAGCACAUGAAGUCAGUACAGACUUUCCUAAUGUUAAAAAAAGGGCUUAUAAUGUAGGCAAGCAGUUUGAAAGGGACGCCGGUGUUAUUCACGGUAUGGCAAAAGAAUCCAUCAAGUCAUCAGCAUCUGAUCAACUAAUUAAAACAGAGGAGAGAGAAAUUGGUGACACUGGACUGAAGCCUUAUUUAAUGUAUUUGGGCCAGAACAAGGGCUACAUAUAUGCUAGUCUUGUUGCUGUUACUAACAUUAUUUUUGCAUCUGGGCAAAUAUUUCAGAACUCAUGGCUUGCUGCUAAUGUUCAAAAUCCCUGUGUAAGCACAUUGAACCUUGUUCUGGUGUAUACAGCCAUUGGAUUUGGUUCAAUCAUUUUCUUGCUAUCUAGAGCUCUGUUAGUAGUUGAUCUUGGUCUCCGGACAUCAAGACCUCUAUUUGCCCAACUACUUAGUGCCCUAUUCUGUGCACCCAUGUCUUUCUACCAUUCCACUCCACUUGGAAGGAUACUUAGCCGUGUAUCAUCUGACUUAAGCAUCAUCGAUCUUGAUCUUCCAUUUACAGUGUCCUUCAGUAUUUGUGCCACACUAAAUGCAUAUAUCAAUUUGAGUGUUUUGUGCUUCUAUACCUGGCAAAUUUUGCUUGUUGCUGCACCUGUUAUCAUCAUGGCUGUCAAAUUGCAGAGAUACUACUUAGCCUCCUCAAAGGAAUUGAUGAGGAUCAAUGGCACUACAAAAUCUCUAGUGGCCAAUCAUCUUGGAGAAUCAAUUGCAGGAGCAGUUACAAUAAGAGCCUUUAAGCAAGAAGAUCGUUUUUUUGCUAAAAGUUUGGAGCUUAUUGACAAUAAUGCAAGCCCAUCUUUUCACUGCUUUGCUGCAACUGAAUGGUUGACUCAACGUUUGGAGAUAAUGGCUGCUGCUAUUCUUUCCUCGUCCACACUUGUUAUUACUCUUCUUCCUGCAGGAACUUAUAGCCCUGGUGCUCUAGGGAUGUUGCUCUCUUAUGGUCUGUCACUUAAUAUGUUAUUCCUGUUCUCUAUACAAAAUCAAUGUUCUCUUGCAAAUCAAAUAAUCUCUGUUGAAAGGUUGAGCCAAUACAUGGGUAUUGUAAGUGAGGCACCAUAUAUUAUGAAACAGAAUCAACCACCGGAUGCAUGGCCCUCUGUGGGUAAGAUAGAACUUGAAGGUUUGGAGAUAAAAUAUAAUCAAGAUGCUUCUCCAGUACUUCAUGGAAUUACUUGCACAUUUCAAGGUGGCGAUAAAAUUGGGAUAGUCGGUCGAACAGGAAGUGGCAAGACAAGUUUGAUAAAUGCAAUUUUUCGUCUUGUUGAGCCUUCUGGAGGAAAGAUAAUCAUUGAUGACUAUGACAUAACAGAAAUGGGGUUACAUGACUUGCGAUCUCGAAUUGGUGUUAUCCCUCAAGAUCCUAUACUCUUUUAUGGUUCCAUAAGAUAUAAUUUGGAUCCUCAAGGGCGUUUCUCGGAUGAACAAAUCUGGGAAGUUCUAGGAAAAUGUCAACUAAUUGAAGCAGUUAAAGACAAGCAAGGAUUGGAUUCACAUAUUGUGGAGGGAGGAUCAAACUGGAGCAUGGGCCAAAGGCAGUUACUUUGCUUGGCCCGUGCGCUAUUGAGAAGAAACUGCAUCUUGAUCCUUGAUGAGGCAACAGCAUCCAUCGAUACUGCAACUGAUGCUAUUAUUCAGAAGAUAAUCAGGACGGAAUUCAAGGACAGCACAGUUAUCACAGUUGCACAUCGGAUACCAACAGUGGUGGACUGCACCUGGGUACUUGUUAUUAACAACGGUAUGCAUUGUGCUAGUAUGGUUCCAUCAGUCUUCAUGAGUUGGACCCAACUCUUAAAACAACCAGCAGGUCUUAUUUACAUUUGUAAGUUGCACAUAUAG